AUGGGGCAAGAAGGAAGUGCCAAAAGUGUUAGCAACUUUGCCAUAUUUCUGCUACGGCUGCGGCUGUGGGUGCUGCCACUGGUGCUUCUGUUGAUUUUACAAAACUGUGGCCAAGCACGCAGCCAGAGGCGUGAUGGAUUAGCAAAGUUGGAGUUUAGCGAAACAGCUUCCUCGGUUUUUAAUUUUGCAAAAAUAUACGAAAGUUUAUAUGCGCAACUGCUGCAGGGCGAUGCCGAACCUGACCCUGCCACUGCUCCUCCCUCUGUCACUAGUCGCGUUUCGGAGGACAGGGGUCGUAGCCGGAUCAGCGGGAAACCCUUUCACAUUCUGGAGCAAUUGCAGCAGGACUUUGAGGCCAAAUGGCAGACAACCACGACAGUGAAACCUUUUAGCAUAUUGCAGCACUUGGAUUUCGAGCAAGAGGCGGAGUAUCACAAACUACAGAAGCGUCCCAACGCCAGUUUCCACGUGCUAGAGGCCCUCUACAAGGAUCAGAUACGCUAUGAUCAGAAAACCACAUCUUCGAAGCCCUUUCAUGUCCUUCAACAACUGGAAAAGGAUUUAAUUGCCAAAGAGAACAAAAGGACAACCACAAAACCCUUCACUAUUGUGGGUGCCCUCAUCAAGGACACGGUUAAGAAACUAGAAAAGGAAGGCUUCGAGACGCAGAAGCCACAAAAGCCCAGCAAUGAGGUAGAUGCUCCGGCGGAACACAAGGCAGAACUUAAGCCGGAAUCCCGGGCCAAGCAGAGUCAGAAGAGAAGGAGGAAACGCAUUCGCCGGAGGCGCAAAAGGUUCCGCCGGCGGCGCAAAAGGACUCGCCGCCGUCGCCGGAAGAAGAGAAAGAAGCGCCGGAAGAAGCGGAAGAAGAAGAGGCACAAGGGGGACAAAAAUAAGAAAAAGAAGAAGAAGGGCAAACGGAAGCGAAAGAAGAAAGAAAAGCCGGAACAUCCGCCAGAGCACUCCAUCUUCCAACCGGGUCAAGUGAUCUUUGCCAAUCCCACAAAGAAACCCUAUUACCACCACCCAUAUCCUCACCCACCAGGAUAUCCAUAUCCUGGCAACAACAACCAGAUGCAAACCAUACCCACCGCCUUGCUGGCCACUCUGACCGCCGCAACGGCCACCACCACCACCAAGAAACCCAAAACGGUGACCACCACUUUUCGUCCAUUCAGCAAGAUCAAGUACCUCCUUCGGCACAACAGCAUCUUCAAGAAGAAGAAAAAGGAAUACCUCAGCCAUGUGGGCCAGGUCCUAUAUCCCUUCGUCAAAUUUGUGGCGUUUUUCACAGUCCUGAAUCCCUUCACCCUGGGUGUGUUCCUCUUCACAUUGAUUUCGCCGGCAGUCUUCGGCUUCCUGGGCUUUGUGGCACUAAGUGUCCUGGUGAAGCCCUUCCUGCACCUGGUCUUUGGAGUGAAGAGAAACGUGGAUGCCAUUGAUCGGAAAAGGUAUUUGGCCAACAAGCAGGCCGAGAGACUGAAACUAGGGCUUAGACCGGUCACCAUUCACAAGCAUUAUUACCAAAAUAAGCCGGUGAUCUCGACACCUCCAGUGAAGCUUCGUCCCGUGGGUCACUGGCGCCGUGAGGGGGUAGAUCUUGCAGCUCCUCCAUUGCGACCUCCUGCUGUUUCCAGAGGACCCCCUGGUCCAUAUCUUCAGCCACCAGCCAGAAACCAAUACAAUCCUCUGCUGCCGGAACAACGAAGAGUCCUGAACACGAGUUAUGAUUAUGGUUGA